AAAUAAUUAUGAAUUCAUGCUUGGUAAGAUACGACUGCGAAUACGUGAUUAAAAUAAUAAUAUAUAUUAUUGGAAAUGUACAAAACGAUGUGGAGCAACAUUUCGAACAAUAUUUGACCACGGUAAACAUAAACAAGACGAUUGUUCUAUUUUUAAUGAUCAUUACCACGCACCAGAUACAGUUAAAAUUCAAUGCAAAAUUUUAAAAAAUAAAAUUAAAAAAAUGUGCUCAAGCUUCACAAGACGCACCAAAUCAAAUAUAUCUGAAUGAAAUUGCAAAUUGCAAUGUCAUAAUUUCAUCUCAAGUAACUAAAAACGCAUCUAAGCAAAUCGUAAAAAGGCAGAGAAAAGGAAAAGAACUAGAACCAGUUUCACUAAAUUUUAUACCUUUCUCGGAACUUCAAAAUACAAUUUCAGGACAACCUUUCUUUUUGAAAAAUGUAAUCGAAGGAAAUAAUAAAUUUAUGAUUUUCACAACAGUUCAGAAUUGUAUAUACUUGAGAGAAUCACAUUUUUGGCUCGCUGAUGGAACAUUCAAGGCUUGUCCUGGAAUUUUUAAACAGAUAUUUACAAUACAUGGGUCAAUUUCACGAGGUAUCAAUAACAACAUUUGUGUACCAUUGCUAUACGUGUUGAUGACCAACCAAACUGAAGAUGAUUAUAAAACAGUGCUAAAUGUGUUUAAUAAUUUUGCGAUUGAAAUUAAUAUUAAUUUCGAAAACAAUAAUGAACUUGAAAUAAUAACGGACUUUGAAAAAUCUUCAAUCAACGCGAUCAAUGAUGUCUUUCCAUUUGUAACGCAUUCUACUUGUUUUUUUCAUUUUUGUCAAAAUAUCUGGCGUCAUAUUCAAAAAGAAGGGCUAUCUACAAAGUACAUGGAAGACCCGGAAUUUAAUUUGAUCUGUCGGCAUUUGCCUGCUCUUUCUUUUCUCCCAGUAAACAAAGUAAUCGAAGGUUGGGAAAUUGUGAAAUUAUUAUUUAGUGACAACGAAAAAGAACAAGCACUUUUAGAAUACUUCGAAAAUACUUACAUUUAUGGUAAACCAGCUAUGAGACUACGCGGACGUAAAAAACCUCAACGACACCCUCCUUUAUUUCCAAUUGACAUGUGGUCAGUAGCUUCAAGAGUUGAUGAAAAUUUGCCAAGAACAACAAAUAUUGCUGAAUCAUGGCACGGUCGACUUAAUAGGUAG